AAUAACGAAAAAGUAAGCGCAGUAAUAUUUUCGUUUUGUCAAUUGCUGUAAUUAAAUUGGUCAAGACGUUUCGAUUAGUGAAAAUUACCGGUGGUAUUUGCAAAGUAUCACGUUUAGGUUUAUAUUCUACAGCGGCCAAUAAAGAAGCCCUAAUUAGGGAAAAAGGGAACAUGGUUCUUCAACAUAAUGUUAAAGGUUAUGAGGAAUUUACGAAACUAGUCGACGAGCUGGAGGGAAGCGGACAACCAAUACAUGUACUAUUUUCGGGCGGUAAAGACGAAAAUGGAGCAAGUUGGUGCCCUUAUUGUGUCAAAGCUGAACCAGUGAUUCAUGACGCCUUAUCAAAAGCCCCCGAAAAGUCGCAUUUCGUACAUGUAGAUGUGGGAGAACGUGCUUAUUGGAAAGAUUUAAGUUGCCCUUUCCGCCGAGAUCCUAAUACGCAUUUAGUCUUUUUGCCUACACUACUGCGUUGGAAGUCUCCUCAGAGGUUGGAUGGUGAACGCUGUUCUAAUAAAGAACUCGUGGAAAUGAUGUUCGAAGAUGAAGAAUAAAUGGGAAUGCAUACAAUUUCGACAAAUAUAUAUAUGUGUUAUAUCAAUUUUCUAAUAACUGC